AUGGCAGCUCCGCACGCGCUCUACUAUUGCCCGUGCAACCAAAUUCACGCUAACACUGCGGCCUCGACCUCUACCCCCCGCUCCGCUUCGUCGCUCGCCUCCCCACCGCCAGGCUUGCCUGCUUAUUCUCCCGCUUCACGUUAUGCCUUCCAUCCCCUCGAUGCCCUCUACUUUUGCGACGAGUGCGACCAGAUCCGAUGCAACCGAUGCGUCACCGUCGACAUAGCAAGCUACUACUGUCCCAAUUGCCUCUUCGAGGUGCCAGGUGCCAGUGUCAAGGGCGAAAAGAACCGAUGCGCCAGGAACUGCUUUGAAUGUCCGUGCUGCCAGCAUACCCUCUCAGUCGUAGCGAGCGAUCUCAACUCACAAGCCGCCCCCGGCCUCGACCCUACUGAUCCCGCCGCGAGCCAGGGCGAACCUCCUUACUACCUCGCAUGCUCGUUUUGCCGCUGGGAUUCCAAAUCCAUCGGCCUCGUCUUUGAAAAACCAACCGGACUCAGCUUGCAGCUUCAGCGCUCAGAAGAUGGCGCGCCAGAUAUGCACGAGUUCGAACGCCUCAAAGAUCACUUCGACCCUUACCUCAAGGCGCAGACCCAAGCAGCCAUCACCUCGGCUGCCGUCGGAUCAGGCAGUUCUUCUCGCUCCCGCUCGCUGCCUGCUUCGACAGCCUCGGUAGCGUUAGCUUCGUCUUCCACUGCCUCCUCUUCUGGACGUAGCGCAAGGGCCACAGCUGCGCGUAAUGCUGCUACUGCUGCUUUGCAGUCAUCCAGACUCGUCCGCGACCUACCGCAUCUAGGGCACUCCAAACAUCUCGUGCACAGCGGUCUUGGGAACUCUGUUCGCUCGGGACCUAUCGAGGCUGAUGAGCUCAAAACAUACCGCGCCCUCAACCCAUGGCAGCCUGCAACAGACGGCCGCAGCAGUUCAGCCGGGCAAGCAUCCUCAGCCAUGGGUGUCAUGGCCAAGCGCGAGAGACAUCGAAGAGACUACAUUUCCCGCUUGCAAUCCGCUCCGAGCCAGCCAUUCGCGUCUUUGGAUGACAAGAUCGCUUCACUCGAACAACGAUGGUCCUCGGUCUCGGUAGCAGAUCAACCGGUGCGCGCUGCCGAGCUGCGUCCAACCCGAGUAGCGCUCAAAUCGAAGCUUUCCAAGCGGUGUCCCGCCUGUCGACACAUCGUGAUCAAACCAGACAUCAAGGCCGCUUCGAAUCGGUUCAAGAUCAAGCUCGUCGCAACCAACUUUCUGCCCGACAUCCAGAUCCGUCUCGCCGACCAACAGCCAUAUCUUGACCCGCUCCGUUUCCGCCCCGGUGGCUUGCCAGGCUCGCAUCUGUUGGGCACAGGCCCCGGCUCAGCAGCCAGCACUUUGAGGAGGAGGCCACAAUCCGUGCGGGUUUCGGCAACAGACUUGGGCAAUGUAGUCUCGUCCCAGGACGUCGAUGUCAACAGCCUUGUUGGCGGUCAAACCUAUAGCUUCGAAAUGGCCCUAGCCAAUCCUUUGGACGAUCCAGUACAUGUCGAGUUGAGCUUCGUGCGUUUCGCCGAUCCUUCCGCUUCUCGCACUACCACUAGAACAGCCUCGCUUGGCGGGCUCCCUGCAGGCGUGCAACCGUUCCCAGAACCAAAGCACAUUUUCUCCUCGAAGACGACUUCCGACUCCUCGCCACCACCUUCAGAUCAGUUCCGCACCGGCGUACAAGUACCUUCGACAACAAAAAGGCCGCGCCUAGGAUGGCAAAUAUACCCUUCGGCCACGAGCAUUCCUUUGAAUGCCUUCAACGAAGUCUGGGAGCUCGAAGACGCCGAAGACCUCUACGGUUCUAAAACAGAAACUGAUGUGCAGCCCCAAACCCCUUCAGAUCUUGGGCGACGUCGUCAUGCUGUCAAGACCGCAGUUGUCAGCAGCACCGACAGAGCUGGAGGCACAAACGGGUCGACGUGGGUGAUCCAGGAGCAGGACGACGAAGCGGAUGACGACGAGGCUUUUGAUGAGACGGAAGAUGCAGAUGUAGUAGAAGUGGGGGGUCAGGACGAACAAGGUGGAGAGAUCGGAGCCGACGAUAACGAGCGCAGCGGGUCAUGUGUCGAGCGCAACAGCACAUCUCAGCGAUCUAGGCCGAGAGCGCUUGCUCAAGGGCGCCGAUUGGAUUACCGCUCCAAGCUCUCAUCCAGCAACACCGUACAGCGCAAGCCAUUUGUUCAGAAAGGCCACACCACAACAUUCUACCUCGACCUCGCCGUUUCUGCAAAGGAUCCGCCAAAGCCAGGUCCACUCGAGUUGGCUAUGCACGUCACUUAUCGCUACACAGGCACAACAGCGCAGUCAGGCGACCAGAGUUCAGGUGCAUCGGCAAGAGACUUUUCCUUCUGGACUUCGGUUCGGCUCGGUACUGUUGUAGAUACCGAUGGUCAAUAG